AUGGCUGCAGGAGAGAAAUCGAAUCCACUCCCAGUGGAUGCUCCAACCGAUACCACCCCUGUCCAACUCAUUGUGAAGGUGGAGGACCGCUUUAGCAGCGGCAGUGAUGGAAGUUCAGUGGUCGAUGAUCAGGAAGGUCCACAACUUGUGGACAGUGGGGAUUCCUAUUUUCCGAACAAUUAUUACAUGGGUUGUGUGGCCACAGGGGUAGAGGGUAUUCAAUCUAAGGAGGAGGAUGGCAGUGACGAUGGUGGCUGCUAUUUCUCGAAUUUGUUAGUGGCGGCUGAAGGGCAGCAGGAGGAGGAGAAGGUUGAGCAAUUGGGCUGGUAUAUUUGCCUCAAAUCAAAACUAGCCAAACAUAAUAAUGAGAUUACCCCAACAAUAGCAAGGGAUCCCAUCACCUGCUUCACUUGCUCUUGCACAGCAGCAGCCUCCUCUUUUAUUGAUUCUCUGCACCUUGGCGAAGAUGUGGGGCAGUCGUCGAAGCUUCCUUUGCCCGCAGACGUUCACCUGAGAGAUAGCCUAUGCUAUGUCGUAAUGCAGAGUGAUUGGGACCAGAUGAACCUUCAUGACGGAGCUAAUUCAAGAAAUCUGGAUCAAAGGGGGGAAAACCCAGAUUUGAGCACCACUGCGUCUGCUGGUGUCACGCUCACUGCUGCCGCCGCGGGUUCCAGUCCGACGAGAGCUGUUACGAGUGCCACAGCCGAUUCGACCACCGCACAGACCGGUGCUGCAAGCGAUGCUCGGAGAAAGGAUCUGAGAUACGAUGAGGAGGGAGUUGAGUUAAUUGAAAACUCUGGUGUCAGUGAAAAUUCAUUACAAUAUUCUCGACAGAUCUCUUCCUGA